ACAAACAUAUAUGAAGGACAUUUGAAUAUUAUUUAUUAAUUCAUUUAAAUCACCAAAGAGAUUUCAAAACAGCAGAAAUGUCAGUGGUGAGCGCACUGCCUUUCCUGAAGCCCAUCCACAUGAGAGCUCCAAUCUCCCCCGGCCGCCAGCGCCGGCACACUCUCCCCGCCAGCGAGUUCCGCUCGCUCAACACUGAGGACGCCAUCAGUGUAUUCGAAAUAGAGAGAGAGGCUUUUAUAUCUGUGUCUGGGGAAUGUCCUCUUCAUCUGGAUGAAGUCCGGCACUUCCUCACCCUCUGUCCUGAGCUUUCUUUGGGCUGGUUUGAACAGGGGAGGCUUGUCGCUUUUAUCAUUGGAUCUCUCUGGGACCAGGACCGUCUUACCACUGAUGCAUUGACCCUUCAUAAGCCUCAUGGAACUACUGUCCACAUCCAUGUGCUGGCAGUCCACCGGACCUUCCGCCAGCAGGGAAAAGGAUCUAUCCUGCUGUGGCGUUACCUGCAGUAGCUGCGCUGUCUACCAUAUGUCCGCCGUGCUGUGCUCAUGUGUGAGGACUUCCUGGUGCCUUUCUACCAGAAGUCUGGCUUUAAGGGGCAAGGUCCUUCUGAAAUUACUGUAGGGUCACUUACCUUCAUCGAGAUGUAUUAUUCUAUAAGGGGACAUGCAUUCAUGCGCCGUAACAGUGGCUGUUAA